AUGGUUGGUCAAUUCGUCGCCGGGAGGGCUAUUGUCUACAUUGCGGUAGGGCUGGCAGAAAAUACGGCGACAACCUGCCAGUCUGAGAUUACUCCCGCGUCCGGGCGCCUUGGUGUCCUCGAUUCAAACCUCAAUCUAAUUCGGACAGAUCAUGACUUCUGGUAUCAACGAAACCUCAAGUCAUGCCACAAAUCCCAUGGCCUGGAUUAUAUCAGUCGCAAUUCAGGCCCUGGUCCCCGUUAUAGUUCUCGUCCCGUCGGUAUUCCUUGCCUCCAGCCCUCGUUGGUUGACAGCAAGAACCGCAAAGAAGAGGCAGCCAAAUUCCUCGUGAGAGUGCGCACAAAGACUGAUGUGGAAGAAGGGCAUUGUUGGGAAGAAGCCGAUACCGUUGAGGAGGCACUGAAAAAUGCAACCCAAAAGGAACCUUGGCAUCACUUGUUCUGCGAUGUCAACAUUCGUCGCACCAACAUCGUCCGCCCUCGCGCCGUCCGACCACGCGAGUUCCCGGCCCAUGAUUGGGCCCGACUCUCCACAUGGCCCUGA